CAAUCGGACAAAUUUGAACCCUAGCAAUGGCCGGACUUCUUGACAGUGUUGCCGGAAAUCUUCUCGGAAGGAUAAUUGAAGCCGUCAGCCGACCUGAGUUACGUCAUAUCCGUAGCGAACUAAGAAACCUCCAAACGACUGUGUCGAAUCUCAAGCCCGGACUCAGAGACGCCGAGGAGAAGCAGGCAAGCGAUAGGAAACUCUAUGAUCUGCUUGAACAACUCAGGAACGGAUUUUUGAAGGCCGAUGAUCUCCUUGACGAAUUGGAAUACGAAUAUUUGAAGUGGAGAGGGCAGAAUCAAAAGAACGAUGUUGACGAAAAGAGAUGCCAGUUCUAUUCUUGUUUCUCGUCCAAUUUCUUCGUUUCUUCAACUAAAACUGCCGCUGAAAUAAACGAAAUCACAAAGACUUUAGAUACGAUUGCGGAAACCAUGUCUGAAUUCUCUCUGAUUGAAGAUGAAAGUAAACACAUCAAACGUUUGAAGAGUGAAAUGACUCUGCGGACCUCCAUUACUGGUUCGCAAGCUUUCUCUAGGCUUCUGCAUUUGAAGAAAGAGGCGAUUCUCUCUGAUAAUGUCGACUCCAUUAUUGGUAGAGAUGAAGCAAAAAAGAGUAUCAUUGAUGAACUACUGAAGGAUGAAGACGAUAAACAAAAAUCUCGGCGUAUUCUCUCAAUUCAUGGAGAUGGAGGGAUGGGAAAGACGACUCUGGCCAGGUUAGUCUACAAUGACCACGAAGUGUUUAAUCAUUUUGACAAGAGAAUGUGGGUAUGUGUUUCUGAAGAUUAUGAUGUUCAGAGAAUCGGAAGGGAGAUUCUCAGUUCAGCAACUGGCGAAAAGGUUAAUGGUGUCCUAACCGAGAAGCGUGUACAAAUCCGGCUCAAUGGGAACUUUGUCGGCAGAAAAUUGUUGCUUGUUUUGGAUGAUUUCGGGGCUUUGGAUCCCGGUAGAGUAUCAGAAGUGGAAAAAUUAGUGGAGAUGGGUGCUAAUGGCAGCAAGAUCAUGAUCACCACUCGCAGUGAGCAAACUCUACAGGAUCCUGCAACACACAAGGUUCAAAAACUCAACGAGGAGCAAUCUAUGGCUUUAUUUAAACAGACAUUUGGAAUAAAAAAAUUUGAAAUUAUGACCGAAUUUCAAAGUGAACUCGAAAAACUUGUGUCAAAAUGUGGAGGAGUUCCUUUGGCAAUCAAAUUCUUUGCCGGAUUGCUUUCUUUGGAAGCGAGUGGUGGUGUUGAGUCGUUGAAUCUCCAGGCCUUGUUUGAGAAAUGGAAACAGGAGGAGGUGAAGAAGGGUGGCUGCGUUUUACAUGUACUGAGACUGAGUUAUGAUCUAAUGCCAUCUUACUUAAAGCCUUGUUUUCUUUGCUUUUCGUUGUUGCCUAAAGAUUAUGUGUUCUACUCGUUUGAGCUAAUCCAGUUAUGGAUGGCACAAGGACUCCUUCAUUCAGAUAGCAAAGAUCCUGAGUCUGUUGGGGAGCAAUACUUCAAUGAAUUGUGGUCUCGCGGUUUACUCGAAGACGUUGAGGAGCACACUCUUGGAUAUUGGUUCAAACUCCAUAGCCUCGUUCAUGAGCUUGCAUUCCAACAGGCUAGUAAGGAACAACAGAACCUGGAAAGUUUGCAUCAGCUGUCAUUUGUCGACUGCAACAACAAGGAUUUGCCCCUGCCGAAAUUUGAUAAAAUUUGUGUCCUUUCCAAUCCAGUGGGAGGAGGUGUGGAGCCAAAGAUCAAUGGAGUUCCUCUUUUCAAAUGCAUCACCAUGUUCAGGCAGCUAAGGGUCUUAUACUUAUGCAACUCUUCUUUGGAAGAAAUUCCAACCUCCAUCGACGUGCUGAAACAUUUAAGGUAUUUAGAUUUGCGAGGGAGCCAACGACUCAAGAGGUUGCCAGAAUCAAUUUGCAAGCUACAGAUCCUGCAGACCCUGAUACUUGCAUUCUGCUCAGAGUUUGAAGAACUUCCCAGAAACAUAAAGAACAUGAUCAGCCUCAGAUUCUUAUGGAUACAGACAAAGCAAGCCAGCUUGGGAAAAGAUGGCAUAGGAAGCUUAACAUCGCUUCGUUUUCUCGCCAUCGGAGGGAGUGAAAACUUGGCUCGCUUGUUUGAAGAUAUUGACAGACUGAGUUCCCUUCAAACACUGAUCAUUUAUGAUUGCAAAUCGUUGCUAACAUUGCCAAAAGACUUGGGAAACUCGAGAACAUUAUGUAAUAUGGCACUAUGGGGGUGUGAGCGGCUGAGAUUGGUAUUCCCAAUGGAACUCAUUCAUCUCAAAAAACUGAUACUCAGAGGACUUCCAGCAUUGACCAAUUUGCCGAUGUGGAUCUGUUAUUCUGAUUUGGGUUUAUUAGUGCUAGAAUUGGGAGAGUUUCCCACACUAAGAUUAUUACCCGAUUGGCUUCCAAAUUUAUGGGAACUUCGAAUUCUUAGGAUCUCCAACUGUCCUGUGCUGGCGGGCUGUAUGCUUAGUAUUCUCCAAAAUUGUGAUGAGAUAAAGGAAUUGAGGAUCACGUUUUGUGAGUUGCUUAGCCAACAAGUUUUGAAGGUUGGCAAUCAUCCAGAGUUCGAUUCCUCUUGCAUCUCUACCAUUUAUGUGGACUCCAAAAUAAUUAAGCUACGAGCAGCAUCAAAACACAAAGACAAAGACAAAGACAAGGCAGCUGUUGGAGCUAAACAAACUAAAGAAGUAAAUAAUGAUGAGCGUAAGAGUGAUGCUCAUCAAACUAGAUUGAACAAUGCAGAUGGAGAGGUAUCAAAAAAAGCUGGGACCAGACUAGCUAGACAAGAAGAACACGACCGAGCUAUGAACGAUGAUCAAACUGGAUUGAACACUGGUGCUGAAGCGGUAUCAAAAGAAGCUGUUGGUCGUGAUUGGACCAGACUAACUAGACAAGAAGAACACGACCGAGCUACGAACGAUGAUCAUCAUGAAGCUAAGAAUGAUGGACAAGCUUUAAAAGCAGAUCAGUUUAAGGGUAAUAAUGAUCCUGGUUUUGGGACUGAACGACCUUCAAAAGCAGAAGAUUGUAAGGUUAAGGAUAUUGAUGACCGAGUACGGACGAUUCCUAUUAUGGAUGGAGCAGAAGGAGAUGUAACUAGUGAUGAUACUCAUUUUGGGGCUAAACAAACUGAAGAAACUAAAAAGGAUUUAGCUGCUACUCAUACUCAUAUUCAUGUUACCAAAGUUGGAGCAGAAGCAACACAUGAUGGAGAGCCUAACCAGAAGGUAAGGUUUGUUUGAGUGACAAUGGCCAUGCCUUAUUUCUUGCUUUCUUUAUUCAAAAACUAAUUCUAAUACCUAAGAUUGUAUGUAUAUAGAUAACAACCUAUUCCUUUACUUCAAUGUGCUUUCUGAGUUUUGCUGCUA